ACGAGCGUUUGGGGGGACCAGUGACGAGUGGCGGCGGACGUUCGUGUAAACUCUUGUUUUUUUUGUUUUUUUGUUUUUUUAGUCACUAACGGUGGUCGUGGUGGACGGUGGUCGAGGCAUUGCGGUGGUGUUGUUGUGGUGUGAUCCUGUAGGGGGACCUUGAUGAAACUUUAACCCCGUCAGGAAUUACGGUCAAGAAACUUAACCCGGUGAAACAUAUUUAAAUAACAUUGGACAACGGGAAAAUAAAUUUACGUUGUGAUAAACCGCUUAAGAUUGUUGUUGUGAACUGACACUAAGGUGGUGGUGGAGGGGGGGCCAUCUGGGUGUUGUCUGCCGUGAAAAGAAGGUUCCAUGUGUGCUCUUGAGCGUAUUCUUCCUCGUGUCGUGUGGCAGUGGUCGUGAUGAAGCUGCCUAAGGUUAUGAAGACGAGAUCGGAGUCCUCCCUCUGGUCUCGGAGCGCGGUGAUGGAGGACGGCGUGAGUGUGAGCUCGGCCUCGGGAUCGGCCUCGGGAGCUGGGUCAUCGUCGGCCUCCAGCGUCGGGGAGGAGGUGGUACUGAGGAUUAACGUGCCGGAGCUCAAGGUGGAGAAAUGCCUCCAGUUCCACAAGGACGACCUCGUGUGGGACGUGAAACAGCAGGCCCUCGCAGCCCUGCCCAAGGUGGCGCUGUGGUACCGGGAACUCCGGGAGAGCUUCAACUACGGUCUCUUCUGCCCACCCCAGAAUGGUCGCGCCGGCAAGUUCCUGGAUGAGGAGAGACCUCUGGGGGAUUACCCACUCCCCAGCCCCAUUGGCUACCUCGAGCUCAAGUACAAGCGUAGGGUGUACAAGAUGCUGCACCUGGAGGAGAAGGCCCUGCGUGCCCUACACACCCGCGCUAACCUCCGCCGCUUCGUUGACUACGUGAAGGAGAACAAUGUGGAAAAAGUCAGCAAGAUGUGCGCCAAGGGACUUGACCCAAACUUCCACUGUCAGGACACUGGAGAGACACCACUGUCAUUGGCUGCGCGGAUCAAGAAGCCAUCGAGGAUGGUGGUGUCCAUAGUAAACGGUGGUGCCCUGCUGGACUACCGCACCAGAGACGGGGCCACAGCCAUGCACAGGGCAGUACAGGCGAACAACUUUGAGGCUGUCAAGACUCUGCUAGAUCUAGGAGCAUCACCAAACUACCGAGAUACCCGUGGCUUAACACCCUUGUAUUAUUCUGUUACCCACAACACGGACCCUUUACUCUGUGAGGCCCUACUGCAUGACUAUGCAGUAAUAGGGGCAUCUGACAACCAAGGGUGGCAGGAGACCCAUCAAGCUUGUCGGAAUAAGAUGGUGCAACACUUGGAACACCUCCUCUUUUAUGGUGCUGAUAUGAAUGCUCAGAAUGCCUCUGGCAACACACCUCUUCAUGUUUGUGCUGUCAACAACUUAGAAGAUUGUGCUCGUGUCUUACUUUUCCGAGGGUGCAAUAAAAAUGCUCUCAACUAUGCCAACCAGACACCUUAUCAGGUUGCAGUUAUUGCUGGAAAUAUGGAACUUGCUGAAGUGAUAAAAAAUCAUAGCUUAGAGGAUGUUGUUCCGUUCAAGGAGCCACCUAAAUACAAUCCAAACCGUCGCAUCUCUGGAGCUCCUCUCUCCCGCACACACUCGGACCCCAGGCUGGAAGUCAGUGCUAUAACAAAGCCACCAUCACCUUCUCCAUCUAGUAGAUCCAUUCCACCUUUUAGCUCAGCUUCCUCUUUGAGCGAGACGUCAACAGGCAGCAGUUCUACAUGUACUCAUCCAAGUGAGAUGGAUUCAGAGGAGUGUGCAAGUGCUCUAGGUUCUGCAAGUCUGAAUGCUGCAGGAGUGGACUGCUGCGAUAUGGUGAGUGACAGCUCUGGCGUGUGUACAUCAAACAGUGGCAGUGCAGAAAGUUAUGAUGCAACCCCUACCGACAUCACUCAGUUUAACAUGGGCAUGCUGGUGGUUUGCUUACAUCAGUACACUCCACACAAACCAGGACACCUUGACAUAAAUGCAGGAGACAUUUUGGAAGUAACUGGGAGCACAGAUGAUGGUAUGUUAGAAGGAGUGCUUCGAGGAAUCACAGGUCUUUUCCCACCCCACUGCGUCCAAGAAGUGCGCUUACGUAACCCCCAAGCUGUAAGAGAAUCUUUGAUUGCCCCUCAAGUGGCAAGGGUGCAGGGCAGAAGAGAGAUGAUGGUUCAACAGCAUUAUGGCACAGCACCACGGAUUAGAAAGCCGAUAAAUGAACCUCGAACUGUUGUCCUUCAUCGUGGUAAGAAGGGAUUUGGUUUUGUGUUACGUGGAGCAAAGGCAACAUCUCCUCUCAUGGAACGACCAAAUGAACGUGGUCCAGCCCUUCAGUAUUUGGAUGAUGUGGAUCCAGGGGGUGUUGCUGACUUAGCUGGUCUCAAAAAGGGUGACUACUUAGUCAAGAUCAAUGGAGAGGAUGUAUCACAGGCCUCACAUGAGCACGUUGUGACAUUAAUUCGUAAAUCGGGCGACCUGGUCCAGAUGAUGGUUGUAACUCCAACUCCAAUCACCUUUAUGGCUCACAAGCCACCAAUAGGCAACCUGGGAACUAUCAGACGUGGGUGCCAGACACUCCCUCGAAAACUCCAUGCAGUGCGGUCGUCCCAAGCCCCCCCUGCACCCCCCCCAAGAGAUCCCAGAACAACCUUAAGUGUUGGACGAGCAAGAGCUAAAUCUAUGGUGGCUGGACUUCACGACAUCGAAGCACUGGAUGUCAGCAUGCGGGAAAACGGAGAUUUGAUGUCUCGUUCAGCUGGCCAUUUCCCAAGUGGGGGACAUAUUGGAGGAAGUCAGUAUGGUGUGAGUCAUUAUGGUACCCCUCAAGGUACUCCCACAUUGGGCACACCUGUGGGCACUCCUCCAGGGCUCAAAGUGGCAUCUAUCAAAGUUCGACCUUCUUCAAAACGCAUGACGGCUGCAGAGGUGGAGGAUCUGUUACAUGCCUCUGGCUCUCUCCCUUCCUCACCCCCAACUACCCCUACCGGUCGACCCCCACAGGUGUAUGCCAGCGUGGCAGAGAUGAAGAAAGCAAAGGCCCUGAGGGCUCGGCAGGCAACAGACCUCAGCAGACUACACAAGGAUUUCCACUCCACUCCAGAUUUGAAGGCAGGGGUCAUGGCAUCCCAGCUGGCUCUUACCAUCGAGGAGAAGCGCAAAUCUAUUUCACAGGAAGACCUUUUUGUCACAGCAUUAAACGAACGCAAUUCACGACACUCCCUUGCGUGUCCGCCACACCGCUCGAGCACAUUAGGGAGGACCACGGUGGGGUCUCUAGAGUCUAAAGAGUCCUGGCAGAGUGGCGAAGAAGGGACGGAGGAAGAAAGCAGCGAUUCUCCAAACUGUUCUCCUGGCCCCAUUGAAUAUCGAAUGUUAAGACGAUCACAAUCGGCUGUUAAUACAACAAUGCUUCGCAAAGCUGGACUUCACCCUCCUCCAACUCAUCCUCCUCCUCCACCACCACUUGGACAACUUGUCAAAGUUGAUAUUAGUAGGUCCAAAAGUGACUAUGCUACUGUUGGCAGAGCACCAUCAACCCCAGAAUCUACACCUGUAUCCCCAGUUGUACAAUCUAGUUUUCGACCAACAGACUCUGCCAAACUGUAUGCAUCACCUGAAGAAAUUAAGGCUGUUGGUUAUCGCAGUCCAGACAUGAUGGCUGCUCUUAAUCGUAAAACCAACAGUGUAAAGACACGUUCCCAAAGUUUGCCACCAAGUACCAACAGACCCAGUCUUCAGAGGGGGUCCCCUGAAAAGGAUUCUUCCCUUGAUUCUGGAAUUUAUUCAACUACAUAUUCAACCUUUCGAGGGACAGAAAAUGAAAGCACAAGAAUUCAAGAAGCUCCACCAUCCAUCAGUUCCCAAAAGACUCCAGUUAGUGAUGCAGUUACGUAUGCAAGGCCAAAGAAUAAUAAAAGCAUACAUGAACAAAAAGAUACAAGUUCUCCAAACAAAGCAUACACUGGCCCAGGAUCUGUUGCAUCUCCAGUUCCUGAUAUUCCUGAACCUGACUAUAGUUCAGAUGAAGAUCACACUUAUAAUUCUCAGGAUGAUUCACAAAGUAAGAAGACAAGAACAUUAAAGAAGAAAAAGCAGUCAGUUGCCUUUUCACCAAACUUGGUAACCACAGCAGAACCAUCAGAUAUACCCCCCUAUGAAAUGUGUGACAUACCUCAUUAUGCAGCUCCAGCCAAGAAUCCAACUCCACUAAGUAGUAAUUUUAAGGAAAUGAUUGCUCAGAAAGCAGCAGAGAGGCAGGCAAGGCAAGAUGAUGGACCUGAUGGGACAAGGUCUGCAACUUCUAGCCCUAAUAAAAAAUUUAAUGGAGGAAAUGGAAAUGGAAAAGCCGUUUCUGAUGUAAUUCAGGAGUCUGCAUUAUUCAAUAAACAAAAGGAUAAGACUGUGCCAACUGGAACUAAAGCAAGAUCUGUUCCUGUUAUGCCGAGAGAAGAUUCUAAAUCAAAGAUGAAGAACUCUCAUUCCUGUCCCAGUGAGUUUCUUGAGGAUGGUGACAAUUCAUCUAGUGGAGUAAGUUCUGACCAAGAUGUUCAUCCAGAGUCCAACUAUGUAACUGUCAUAAACACAGAGUCAGACACCAUCUCUGCAAAUAAUUCAGAGAGAUUUGGCAGUCAUGGUUCAAGAGAUGACAGUUCUGAGGCUUCUGAAAGUUCUGAUGAAGCGAGUGACCGUACAUGGAUUUUAACAAAUGAAAAGGGGGAUAGAAGUGACUCUGGUAAGGAUAGUGAUAGCAAUGGAUCUCGAAGAACGGGAACACUUACAAGAAAUGCAGUGUCACUGGUGAAGUUACCUCCCCCACAAGAGACAACUGAACCUGAUAUAGAUACAGAAUUGGAUGUGGGACGGGGGCGCAUUAUGUCCCGAUCUGUUGAUCAGGACACCAUUAGCACAUUGUCUUCCCUCAGUAGUUUGUCUUCAGGUUCAGGUAGUACAGGGGAGAGAGACAGACAGCAUCUCCCACAUAAUGUUCCUGUAACCAUAUCUACUCAGAUGAGGGCUACUCUUCCAAGGCUCUCAUCAAGUACCACAAUUUCUAGGGCCAGCUCCACUCCUCCAGUCAGUCAAGCCAUUAAAGCUACUGUUGGAGGAUCUCUGAACCGGAGUAGGUCUGCCUCCAGAGACCAACAUUGGGGUUCUGAUGGUGAAUCACAUCCCUUUAGAGAGAAGAGUGCACCUCCUACGUCUCGUUCAAGUACUUUAGAUAGGGAUACCCGCAAGAAGAGUACGAAUGUUGACACAGGAGAAGCAGAAUAUGAACGAAGUAUUGAAGAGUCCCUCCAGUUAAUUCGCAUGCAUAUGGAUUCCUUAAAUGAAGUAAACUCAUUGGCAGGGGUUGCUUUGCCAGAACAAGCAGGAGGGGGUGGAGGUGAGAUGGUUCUGGCACCCCCUCCAGAAUUCUGUGACAUGUCUUUAGGUGAACCCCAAAACAGGAAAAACAAGACUGUUAUUCAUAUUUGUAGUGAUGACUAUGACAUGCCAGGAAAUGUCAUGGGAGUUAGGCAACGAGAGGAAGAUGAAAUGCCAGGAUUCAGACGUAAAACUCUCACUGAAUGGACCACACGUGAUACAACAGAGUGGCUUGAGAGCAUCUUUAUGCCUGAGUACAAAGAUUCAUUUGAGGAGCAAGAUAUUGAUGGUAGAAAACUGAUGGGUAUAAACAAUGAUACACUUAUUAAUUUGGGAGUGAGAAGAGUUGGACAUAGAGUCAACAUGGAAAAGUCUUUAAAAAGAUAUAAACCUACUGAAAGAAUUGAUCUUUGAGUUCAGCAAAUUACCUUUGGUUUACUUAUGAAAAUGUAUUCAGCAUGUUAACAAACAAUAUGAGAUUAUUUGGUCUCUUUGUAUUAUAAUCUUUGUGUCAUCCAAUUACUAGGAUCAGUAAAUUUUUCAUAAACUCAGAAAAGAUGAUGUGAAUGGUAGGUGGUUAUACAUCGAUGAAACCCUCAGGUUUACCAAAAAUAUUUUUUUCCUGGAGAUGACUUUUUGUCCAUUUUUUAUUCAAGUUUUCAUGAUCAUUUUUCAUGAGCCCUUCAUUCUUCAUUCAGAAUAGUUUUGAGUGUUCAGAAGACAAUGUAGUUGUAACCUUUUCACUUAAACGUCCAACUUGUAAACAUUAUUGCAGGAGUAGACAAUAACCAAAUAGGAACCUUAUUCCUUGUUUAAAGACAGUGAUUUUGAAUUUUCUCAAAAUCAGUUAUACAGCAUAUUUAUAAUCAUUGAUAGUUUUAAGCCAUAAGCUUUUCCUCUUCAUGGCUUUUAACUAUUUUAUGAAAUCAAGAAUGUAUAAAUCUUAAGGGAUUGAUGAAGUGGGGUUAUAUCAGUCAGACACAUUAGCUUUCACUACUGGAAUAAAAAUUAGUUUUUAUUAAACUAAUGUUUGCUGAGUGUAAAGAAAUAUGAGAAGCACUAGACCUGGAUUUUUCAAAUUACUUUCACUGAAAAUAUCCUCCAUGACAUUUAAGAUGGUUAUCAGUCUGCUUCUCCCUGACCCCCUUUCCAGCUGAUCAGGUCAGAGCAGGCUGCUGGUUGGGUGUUUUAAUGAUAUAGGUCUUUGCCAUUCACUCAUUUGGUCAUAAAAUAUUCCUGCAUGCUAGGUAGUCAUCAAUACUCCUUGUGUGUCGCCAUUGCUGACUUUUUAUACCUGUAUUAUAUAUAUAUAUAUAUAUAUAUAUAUAUAUAUAUAUAUAUAUAUAUAUAUAUAUAUAUAUAUAUAUAUAUAUAUAUAUAUAUAUAUAUAUAUAUAUAUAUAUAUAUAUAUAUAUAUAUAGCAUAACUAUUAUGUACCAGGCUGUUUAAUAACUUCUGCUGGAGAUUAAAUAAAAAAAGGAAAUCUUAAGUAUUUCUGGAUUGUAAACUGAACAUAUGAAUGUGUUUGUACAAAGAAGCUGUUGAUAGUGUAAAUAUUGCAGUUGUAUCAUGGAACUUCAUUUGACACAAUACAGUAAUGCAUAAAUGUGUAUAUAUGGUUCUCUUUUGCUAGUAAAUAUUGUCCAAUCUGUUUCUGCCAACCCAUUUUGUGUGCCAAAUGCUUCAAUGCUGGAAGUUAAAAAGUGGAUGCCAGAAAGUUGGUGUUUUAAGAGGAAACUGACUUAUUUUGAAGUUUCUUUUUUGUCACCACUUGUAUGAAAGUGAUCAUAACAGACCAGAACAGUAAAUCUGUAAUCACAGUGAAAUUAAUAUAAUGGGGGAGAUAACUGACCCAAAAACUGGGCUAUAUACAGUAGUACUCUUCCCAGUCUCCAUGUGAUUGUCCAUAAAAUGGUUUUGCAUAGUCACAUGAAAAGAGCAAGUUUGACAGUGAGGCCUCAAUAGACAUAACAUUAUAGGAAUGGGGGCCAAUAUCUCUGUUGUUUUAAAAGUUACAAGUAAUUACUGUACAGUAUUUGAAUCUUGUCAGCUUUCAGUGACGGGCAGUUUCUGCAUGAAUUACAUCUAAUAGAAAGUUCAUCUAUGUUUAGAAAUGGAGUAUCAGAUAAUUACUUUUCACCAUGGAAUUCAGAUUUUGUGCAGUGAUAAGCAUUUUGGAGGGCCAGUCUCUCUGACUUUCUACAUUGUCCUCCAAUUGGCAGUUAUUCUCAAUGAGCGCUGUGAUUGGCAACUGAGCUGUGCUCAAAGUGAGUUUGGCAUUUAGAGCUAAUAGCAUACUUCAGUAAGGCUUCUUACUCUGUGUUCUUUUUUAAAAAAUUAGGCAUCAUUGGUGCUUUUUGUGAGUGUGUGUCAUAGCUGUCUUAUUCUUUGCUCUGAUUUUGAUAUUGAUGGUGCUGAUCAAUCUAAUAAAUUUAAAUUCAUGUUUUAUUUUCAGACAUUAUUACUUUUUGCUACUGAAAACCACAGAGGAAAUUAGGCUUAUUGAAUUACUGCAUAGUGCUCAGCAGGGGCUAAUCUGAUCACUUGUUUUGAUAGAUCCAUUAAUGCUGUCCUAACACUACCGUCUAGUCUUGUCCGUUGUAGGAGCUAACACUUUCUAUGCGGAUUUUUCCUAAAUACAAAAUUGUUUACAAAUUUUAAUUAUUUAUCCAGAGAUAUGUAUGUGCAUCUGUGCUCAAUAAAGUUUAAUACUUUUAA